AUGAAAAAUCGAUCUUUUGCUCCGGAACAAGUCCAACAAUUUAUUGGAGCCUUCUCACAAUUUGAUACGGAAGGAGAUGGCUCUAUCGAUGUGAGACAAGUAGGCCACCUAAUGUUUCUGAUUGGAUUAACACCUUCCGAAGAAGAAGUUACGAAUAUUAUGAAUGAAAUUGAACAAGCCAACGGAGAUUUAAUUCAACGGAAGAGAAUUGAAGAAGCACAAAUGAAUGAAGAAGAAAUGGAAGAGCCAACCAUUCGUAUGGGAUUUAUUGAUUUUCUAAACAAGCUUGAAGAUUUCAAAAACAUUCAUCCCGAACAAUUCGUGGCUAUUGAAUCCAAUAUGAGUGAUGAGCUACAAUAA